CGGAAUGUCUUCCAAAAUAACAUUAAUAAUUCGGUGACGACAUUUUUUAUUAACCAAAUUAUUUUUAGUAAAUAUAUUUUUUGUGUGAAAAUUUAUACUCUGAAAGGAUCAUGUUUCAUGAAAAUAAUUCAGAUGAUCAUGCUGCACGAUUACGUUUAUCUGCAACAAACACGGAUAAUGAUGUUUAUAAGACAGCGGAUAAUUCAAUGGAAAAUAUUGAAUAUCGAAGUGUUUGCGAAAAUGAACAAUCUGAAAUGUGUGAUAAUUGGGGUAUAUGGUUUAAACGGCAUAAAGUUGUUAAAGUGAACUUAUUAGAAUGGAAGGAUAUGCCAAAACAUUUACAAUUUAAUCCAUAUAUUUUAACCGGCUAUAGGCCUUUAUUAACAUUUUGGGGCUCAAUCAAAAGUUUAUUUUACAUGCAUAAUGAAACUGUUAAUAUUAUUACACAUGGAAUCCCAAUUGUAUAUAUACUCACAUUUGUACCACAAUCAAUGCCAUGGGGACCAGAUUCAUGGUUUCUAUGCUGGUGUCAUAUCCUAGGAAGUGUAUCACCUUGGGUUGGCAGCUUUGUGUACCAUCUAUUUAUGAAUUUAAGAUGUGGUGAAGUUGUUUAUUAUCGAUUAUUACAAUUGGAUAUGCUUGGAAUAUGGAUCAGUCAGAGUUUUGGUGCACUCCCAAUGUUAACAGCAACUGUUUAUUGUUUUCCUAUAUUCUUUCGUUGGAUAAUUAUAACUUCUUACUGCCUUAUUAGUUUAUGGGGCCUUUAUAAGGCCCUAAAUGCAUGGUCCCCAUGGGAACGUCGAUUAUCAUUUUUAAUGCCUUUUACAAUGCGCGUAAUGCUUGGAUCAUUGCGUGUAACUAAACUUGCUGGCGGAGCACCAACAGCACUCACACAUAUAAUAUUACAGGAUUUAGUAGCAAUAAUUGGUGGUGCAAUUGGUGCACUACAUAUUCCAGAAAAAUGGUUCCCUGGCAAAGUGGAUAUGUACCUGAACUCACACAAUAUAAUGCACGUGCUGGUUGUGUUAGCCGUUUAUUCAAUGUAUCAAGCGACCGUUCUAGACUUGAUAUGGAUGUCACGUAACCAUCAUUGUCGUGUUACGAACAUUGCCCAGUCAACGUUACAUUCAGAGACAGAACACUCUGAGCUUUGACCAAAUCUCUAGUGAUUCCAUAAUAUUUCUAGAAAUUUAAUAAUUAAUAACAGUAAUUAUUUAAUUUCAAGUUAAAUAAAUGCUAAUUUUACGUUGAUAUA